GUUAUUAAAAGAAAAUGGCAGUUGCGCGCAGUGUUCUGUUUAUAUUUACGUGCUAUUUAUCCAAGUCGAAAAAUUAAUUAAUUCCUUUGAAACAAACAGGGGCAAUCCCUUGUUAAUAACAGAUGCAAGUUUGGGAUAAAUGGUGCACAAUUCAAGUGCUAAAAUUGUUUCAAUUUGGUGAAUAUCGUGAUAAUAACAACGAGCUACGUCGUUUUGCGUUUCGAACUUUAGUGUCGUCAUCCUAACCUAUCGUUUAUCACUGAUUUGCAUGGAUUCUCGAAUUUUCUUUUGAGUCAACUGUCACUUUAAUGUUUGUCAACACAAAUCCUUCAUGAUGCUAUGUCGUCUCAGGAAAUGAAGCAGAAUUCAGGAAAUGCUACAACCAUGACAGACGAAGUACUGCCGGCGAGUUUAGAAAAACUCGAAAUUGAUCGAAUCUCAUUGUCUUGUACUCACAAUAACACGAUGGCUAAUGUAAAAUCAACGAAUCCAUUUCGCAUAACAGUGAAGGGUACGGCAACUGAUAACAGUUAUUUAUUUCGACGGAAAUCAAUGCCAAAUAGGCCGACACCGUCAAUUGUAAGUCCACGCGGUAUAAAGAGUACAACGAAUUUUAAACCCUCGAAAAGUGAAAGAGUACUUGAUAAACCGAAAAAAAAUUAUAAUAUCAUUAGAGAGGCAAUUCUCACAUUAAAUGGCACGAGCUCAAAUAAUUGUCUGAAUGAUAAUCAAGCGAAUAAUUUGCUUCAAGAAACAUGUAGACUCAGUAUUCCAAAUAGAAAUUAUAAAACCUUUGGUCAUGGUUCAGUCACAAAGGAUUUUAAAGCGCUUAAAAUUACACACGAUGCAAAACAAUUAGUGAAAGAUGACACAAGUAUCCCUGAAAAUUAUCAAGCAAGUAGUUUUCAACGAGCUCGUAGUAAUACAAUGCCAAGUUUAAAACGAGGACCUGGUCCAGGUGGUGGUGGUUCAACUGGACAAACGGAAGUCCAAAAUUCCGUUGGUCAAUCCUCGAGUACAACAAAUACAUGCUCGGUUCAAGCGAGAAUAUCUCCCCCGCCUUGUGACGUUACCAUCGAUGAACUUGCCAGCUAUUUCGAGGAGUUUGUUCAUAUUCCAAAGAAAAUGUCACAUAUGGCAGAAAUGAUGUACAUUUAAGCAACAAUUUUUCCUUUUUUUUUUAAACGUUACGUUAUUAUAAAUAUAUUUUUUUUUCUUAUUCCGUAACGUAUCCGUCUUGAUCUAUUUUUCAAAAAAAAAAAAAAUAUCGCGCGCGUUUAUAAAUCAUACUGAUUUGGUACCUAAAUUAUUUUUAAUAAUAUAAAUAAAACUAAAGAAGUCACAUUUGAGAUAUUUUUUCCAAUUUUUAUUGGAUUAUAGAAUAGUUUGAUAUCGAAUUUCUUAUACGCAAAGAAAAAAUUAGAGAUACAGUACCAAUUUUUGGGUGAAAAAAAAAAUUCUGUCAUAUUCGUUUAAAAUAAUUGUUUCAAUUUCAUUGUGUCUAGUGUAAUAAUAAAGACUUGUCUAGAUUUUGUAUAGUAAGAAAUACUCGCUCCUGAGAAUAAAGUUUCUAAGGUCAAUUAUCCAA